AUGAUUUUAUUCAACCAAGUGGGUUAUUUCAUUUCCUUGUUUGCUACAGUGUCCUGUGGGUGCCUGAAUCAGCUGUAUAAAAACAGCUUCUUCCGAGGUGGGGAUGUAGCUGCCAUAUACACCCCAGAUGCUCAGUACUGUCAGAAAAUGUGCACCUUUCACCCCAGGUGCCUGCUCUUCAGCUUCCUCUCAGUGAGUUCAACCAAUGAUCCCAAUAAAAGGUUUGGUUGCUUCAUGAAAGACAGCAUUACAGGAACCUUGCCAAGAUUGCAUCGGACUGGUGCCAUUUCUGGUCACUCUUUAAAGCACUGUGGUCAUCAAAUAAGUGCUUGCCACAAAGACACAUAUGAAGGACUUGAUAUGAGAGGAUCCAACUUCAAUAUCUCUAAGACCAACAGUGUCGAAGAAUGCCAGAAGCUGUGCACAAACAAUAUUCACUGCCAGUUUUUCACAUACGCUACAAAUGCAUUUCAUAGACCAGAGUACCGGAACACCUGCCUGCUGAAGCACAGCUCCAGCGGGACACCCACCAGCAUAAAGACACUGGAUAACCUGGUAUCUGGAUUCUCACUGAAGCCCUGCGCACUUUCCGAGAUUGGUUGUCCCAUGGAUAUGUUCCAGCAUUUCGCCUUUGCAGACCUAGAUGUGGGCCAGGUCAUGACCCCUGACGUGUUCGUGUGUCGUACCAUCUGCACCUUCCAUCCCUCCUGCCUCUUCUUCACAUUCUACACGAACGAAUGGCAGAUAGAAUCCCAGAGGAAUGUUUGCUUUCUCAAGAUGUCUAAAAGUGGUACUCCAAGUCCCUCUGUUCCUCAAGAAAAUGCUAUAUCCGGAUACAGUCUCUUCACCUGCAGAAAAGCUCGCCCUGAACCCUGCCACUUCAAAAUUUACUCUGGAGUUGACUUCGGAGGGGAAGAACUGAAUGUGACCUUCGUGCAAGGAGAGAGCGUGUGCCAGGAGACUUGUACGAAGACAAUUCGCUGUCAGUUCUUCACUUACUCGUCACUUCCAGAGGACUGCAAGGUGGAGGGGUGUAAAUGUUCCUUAAGGUUAUCCACGGAUGGCUCUCCGACUAAGAUCACCUACAGCACAGACAGGAGCUCCGGGUAUUCUUUGAGAUUGUGUAAAGCUGUGGGCAGCCCUAUCUGCACAACAAAAACAAAUGCGCGGAUUGUGGGAGGAACAAACUCCUCUUUAGGGGAGUGGCCAUGGCAGGUCAGCUUGCAGGUGAAGCUGGUAUCUCAGAAUCAUCUGUGUGGAGGGACCAUCAUCGGACAACAGUGGAUCCUGACAGCUGCCCAUUGCUUUGAUGGGAUCCCCUACCCAGACGUGUGGCGUAUUUAUGGCGGGAUUCUUUAUCUGUCAGAGAUUACAAAAGAAACACCUUUCUCAGGAAUACAAGAACUUAUUAUACAUCAGAAAUAUAAAAUCUCAGAAGGCAAUUACGAUAUCGCCCUAAUAAAGCUUCAGACGCCCUUGAAUUACACUGAAUUCCAAAAGCCAAUAUGCCUGCCUUCCAAAGAUGACACAAAUACAAUUUAUACCAACUGUUGGGUGACUGGAUGGGGCUACACGAAGGAACGAGGUGAAAUCCAAAAUACUCUACAAAAGGCAGCUAUUCCUUUGGUACCCAAUGAAGAAUGCCAGAAAAAAUACCGAGAUUAUGUUAUAACCAAGCAGAUGAUCUGUGCCGGCUACAGAGAAGGCAGGAUAGAUGCUUGUAAGGGAGACUCCGGUGGCCCCUUAGUUUGUAAACACAAUGGAAUGUGGCAGUUGGUGGGUAUCACCAGUUGGGGUGAAGGCUGUGCCCGCAAGGAGCAACCAGGAGUCUACACCAAGGUUGCCGAGUACCUGGACUGGAUAUUGGAGAAGACACAGAGCCGUGGUGCAAACACUCUGGAGAUGUCUACGGCGUGAGGAGGCUGGGAAGUAAGGAAGAGCCCAGCUGGCACCAGUUUUACCACCUGCUCUCAAGUCAACACAGGGCCCCAGACUUCUCACAUCCUUGUCAUAGGAUUAAAAGCACAAUGUAGAUACAGCUGCUGAAGACAACGUCUUGUCAAAACGUGUUUCCUGCCUUGAGUCAUAGGAUCCCCAAAUGGGAACUAUCCAAAGAGCAUCAUGCUUGGUUGGUCAAAAUG